UUAUCAAUAUUUAUGAAUGGAUUCACUGCGAUCUAAAAUAGAAGAUAUAAUAAAGAGAAACAAAAUUAUAUUUUUAAUGUUAAGACAUAUUUACUAGAGAUUGAUAGAACUACCUUUACUUUCUUGUCAGGCGAAAGAAAAAAAAAACUGUCAAAUGCGUGGAAAAAAAGCACUGUCCUAACGAAGGAUUGUGUAAGACUUAUUUUUUAUCCUUUUUUAUGAAACGAUGCUUGCUUGCGUUUACGUUUUAAAGAGAAAAUGUUAUUGCAGUCGCUGUGAAAAAAUGCGAUAUAAACUGCCAUCUGAAAAAAUAAAAAUAUUUUUGCUGCAUUAGAGUGAGCACAGAUUCUGAAGGGACUUAAAAUCAGAUAUACGUCGAUCUUUAUAGCAAGACGCAAUCAGAUUCUUUCCAAUAUAUAUAUACACAGCAUGAAGAAUCCGAAUACCAGCAUGCUCAGAACAUUAAUUGUAUUGGCUGUGGUAUUUGUUGCUAUUGCAAAAAAAUUAAAAAUGAAUCAGGAAACAGGCACAGAUGGCAUGCAUAUGGAAAGAAUGACCUUCAAUGGCCAAGAGAACGAUGAUUUAGACUUUGAUUUACCAAAUAAUUUACCAGAGGGUUUCCUAAAUAACCCUACUAUCCGCCUCAUGAUCAGAUAUCAGCACAACAGGGCACAACAAACUACCAGAGGAGAUGCAAAAAUGACAAACUGUAUGCAAAAAAAUGGAAUGAAUAGUUUGAGAUUGUUUAUGAUGGGAAUCACACCCAAAUGUGAUGAAAAUGGCAAUCUUCAAUCCAAGCAGUGCUAUGACCACAGUGAGCAAUGCGUGUGUGUCCGAAAAGAUGGCUCCAUGAUCAACAAGCCUUCCACAAACAUAAAAGGAUGCCAAUGCUUGGCGACAAAAGACGAGGAAGAGAAUUCAGAUCUGAUUGGCGGCUACAUACCCCAGUGCGAAGCGGAUGGAACGUUUAUGAAAAAACAAUGUCAUUAUUCUACAGGCUAUUGUCACUGCGCCGAUCCAGUUACUGGAAAGAACACGACCGUGCCAGCAAGGAUGGAUGUUGACAUUAACUGCGAUGCUCCAAGUGAAUCUGAAACACACUGAAAAUAUGUAACAUUUAAUAAAAGAUUUUGCGUCUUGUACUGCAAAAGCAAUUGAACAACAA